AUGGGCUCAUUCUCGAAGAAAAAGGGAGCGGAGCUAGCCGUGGGGUCGGCUCUUGCAGCUGUUCUACCCGCAAAUCCCAAGCCGUGGUACUUGACGCCUCAUUUACUCAAAUUAAAUCUGCUACUACUGGUGCCUUUGUUCUCUUCUGCAUCUGUAGGCUACGAUGGCUCGAUGAUGAACGGUUUGCAAACCCUUCCCCAAUGGCGCCAAUUUUUCGGGAAUCCCGAGGGUGCUGUUCUCGGUCUCAUGAAUGCUGUAUAUCCUCUCGGCAAAGUUGUAGCACUCUUCGUCGUAACCUACAUCUCGGACAGAUAUGGGCGGAAGCUCCCUCUGGUUCUAGGCUUAGUGGCUUGCAUUGGAUUUGCCAUCUUGCAGGGCAUGUCUAAAGACCUUCCUAGCUUUGUCAUAGCAAGAGCUUUGCUGGGUUUUUUCACGACUUUCAUCAGCCAGCCAAGCCCCAUUCUGAUUACUGAGUUGGCGUACCCUACCCACCGCGGCCGAAUCACAGCUUUGUACAACACCUUCUUCUACUUUGGAUCCAUUUUUGCUGCAUGGUGCACCUUUGGAACCUUUAAGAUUGCGUCCACAUGGAGCUGGCGAAUUCCGUCCAUACUGCAAGGGGCAGUUCCCAUCAUCCAACUCAUGGGUGUUUACUUCUUACCUGAGUCCCCUCGCUGGCUGAUGCGCCGUGGUCGGAAGGACGAAGCCAGAAAGGUAUUCGCCGACUGCCACGCUGGCGGCAACCUCAAUGACCCUCUAGUCGACUUUGAGAUGCGCGAAGUUGAAUUUACUCUGGGAGAGGAGGCCGAAGCCAUGUCCCAGUCAUCUUGGCUCGAACUUGUGCGAACCCCUGCCAACCGAAAGCGAACACUCAUCGCCUGUAUUGUUGGCUUCAGCUCCCAGUGGAAUGGGGUCGCAGUGGUCAGCUACUACUUGAGUCUCGUGCUCAACACUAUCGGCAUCACCGAAGUCAAGGACCAGACUUUGAUCAAUGGAAUGCUGCAAAUCUUCAACUGGAUCAUUUCAACCUUCCUCGGAGCGCUCAUGGUAGACCGGCUGGGUCGACGACCACUAUUCUUGAUCUCCACGGCAGGCAUGCUUGCGAGUUAUAUCGCUUGGACCGGGUUGACGUCUCACUUCGUUGCCAGCCAUAACGAAGCGACUGGAAGAGCAGUUGUAGCCUUCAUUUUCAUCUUCUACUUCUUCUACGACAUUGCUUGGACGCCGCUCCUGCAAGCCUACCCUGUGGAGAUUUUCCCAUACACCCUUCGUGGUCGCGGCUUGUCGGUCACAUACAUCACUGCCUUCACUGGUCUGAUCAUCGGCAAUCAGGUCAAUCCGAUUGCAAUGAAGGCAAUCGCAUGGAAGUACUACAUAGUCUUCUGCUGUAUUCUCGGAGUGUUAUUUGUUGUGAUCUGGUUCCUUUUCCCAGAAACCAAGGGUCACACACUGGAGGAAAUCCGUGAGGUCUUCGAGGGCAGGUCUGCGAAUGCCAAGGUCGAAGAUGUCGAGGGCGGCGAGGAGGAAGAGACUAAAAAGGGUGGCAAGAUCAAACAGGUUGAGCUGGCAUAA